AGGUGGGGCUAGACGGAACCCGCGGAGGGGGCGGUGCUGGACCUGGAGGGGUGGAAACCCCAGCGAGGCCGGGCCUGGUCUCGCCGGUGCCCCCCUGCCCGCCGGUGCCGGGGGGUGGGGCUCCCCGAGCCCGCGACCCCGCGGCAGGUGGGACGCGAAGGGCUGGAGCGAGAUCCGCCCCCGACUCCCGUCCUCCUCUCCCUCCCCCUCGGGCAGGAACAAAAGCGGGAGGUGGGACCCGGAGGCGCCCUGACUCCGCGGGGCGGGCCCGGAGACGCAGCCUCCUUAAAGCCGGGCUGCGGGCGAGGCGCUCUCCACUGGCGCGUGCCCGGGCAGCGCACGGAGCUGACCUCCCCCCAGGUUUCGGUCUCCGCUCCGCUUCGGGCCCGAGCAGGUCACUCACGCGCCGGACCCGUAUAGGCGCCGCUUGGCCGUCAAGCAUGGGGUUACCUCGGAGGGCGGGGGAGCCGGCGGAGCUGCGUAAGAGCCUAAAGCCUCUGUUGGAGAAACGCCGCCGCGCGCGCAUCAACGAGAGCCUGAGGCAGCUCAAGGGCAUCAUCCUGCCGCUGCUGGGCAAGGAGAGCUCCAGCCACUCGAAGCUGGAGAAGGCGGACAUCCUGGAAAUGACCGUGCGCUUCCUGCGGGAGCUGCCUGCGUCCUUCUGCCCCGAGGCGGCGCCCACUCCCUCCGACAGCUACCUCGAGGGCUACCGCGCCUGCCUGGCGCGCCUGACCCGCGUGCUGCCCGCCUCCCGCGUCCUGGAGCCCGCCCUGAGCGCUCGCCUGCUGGAGCACCUGCGGCGGAGGGCGGCAGGCGCUACCCCCGACGGAGGGAGCACUGCGGACUCGUGCGGCCCACCCACGCCCUCCCCGUCACCCUCCCCCGCGCCCUCGCCGCCUGCGCCUCCCUGCUGCCCCAGCCUCUGGCGGCCCUGGUAGUGCCCUGGCCUGUCCCCAAUCCUGCUGACUGCCCCUGGGGUCCGAGGAAGCUCUUGGUGACAACUGCUGUUUCCCACGGAGGCAUCAGCCCAGCACCCACAGCCGGGCGGCAGCCCGGGUGUUUGCGCCCCCUGGGGCAGACUGAAGGCCCGGGAACUCGUCUGGAGGAAAUAAAGGGAGAGGCCCUGCCUCACCCCCGCUCCCCCCCCUCGCCCCCCGCAAGGGUGUGUGGGCUGGAGGAGAAGGGGCAGGUGGCUGCAGGGGAGGAUGAAGACCCCAGCCCCACUGGUGCAAGUGGCGCUAGGCCUGGGCCAGUCCCUGCCGCCCUGGCAGCCAGCGUACCUGGCCCGGCUCUGGUGCCAGGACGAAGGGCUGGGCCAGGAACUCUCCUGAGCCGGGGGCAGGCACCUGCUGCGAGUGGUCGAUGCCCUUCCGGCCCUUCUUGGGCCUGCCUCCUCACCCACUCUGCUUGAGACGCUCUGGGCACACAGAAGCAAUGGCCCGGGGGGCUCUGCAGGCCGGGGAGCCGGCCGCCCUGCUCCUGGGUGCCCCUGUCCACAGCCUCCCACCAGAGGGACUGGGUGAGCCAGGGCUCCGCGCCGGCAGUGGUGGCUGCCUCGCUAGGUGGGUGGGCGUGGGGAGGACGUACGUCCCCAAGCGUUCAUUCAACCUGGUGCGUGUGCCAGGUGUGUGGAAGGGGUGGGGCGAGCAUGAGGGCGCCCAGGACACCCAGUGUGGAGAUGGUGCCCAGGCGGGGUGGGCGGGCCCAGGCCACGGAGCAGCAGCGGAAGGCCAAGGGGUGACCGCAGCCGGUGAAGGGCCAGGAAGCGCAUCUCCUCGUUUGCUCACGUAGACUGUCGCUCCCUGCUGCUCUCCAGGGCGGGUGCUGGGAGCUCCUUGUUCUCAAGACUUUCCUUCUCCCCUUGGAAGCCAGCGGACCCGUGAAGACCCCGGGGGGGAGGCCCACGGAUCCCUGGGGUGGGGGUGCCCAAGGCAAGCAGGAGUCCUGCUGGCGGCCGUGUUUCCAUCAUUCUGUGAGGAUUCGCUGUGAGGAUUCGCUUGAGAAGGUGGGCGUCCCCCCCCCCCCAGUGCCUAGGCCACCGGCCUGUGCGAGGGCCCGGGGCACUAGGGGCGUGAAGACAGAGUUGAUGGGGGGGUUGCCACUAAACCCACGACGACCUCGAUGCUGACUUGGAUGCGACGUGGGAGGCUGUGGGUGUCACUGCAGAAGUCACCACUGUGAUACCGGGGCGACCCCCAGCAAGGUGUCCUGUCUCACCCCCCUCUCUGGGCCCAGCUGGCUGGACUGUGGGCUCCCAGAGGGCGGGGCUGGGCUGAGUGCUCCUCCACGCCCAAGGCACUGGGCGCACAGUGGGUGCUCAAUAAACUCGUGGAGUAACGAACA